CCGCCCUGGCUCCCCCGGGAGGCCGGCCGCGGGGCGGGGGCAGGGGCGGGGAGGCGCGGGGGAGUGGUCAGGCCGGUUAAGAUCGGAGGGGGCGGCGGCCGGACCGCUCACUCGCCGCAGCUGUCUGGGGGCCUAAGUCUCCGCACGGCUCCUGCUGGGGGCUGCCCACGCCAACCACCUGCUUCAGUCACCUCUUCUUCCAACGCCCAGAAACGCAAGAGGAGUGAGCCAUCAAGGCGAAGAUGUCCGGGGAUCUCUAGUGACAGUCUGGUGAGCUGGAGUGACUCAUGAGGCUCUGUGCUGCUUCCCUGGCCACAACAUCCCCUAAGAUGGCAGACGAGGGCAGCAGUACCAAGGACUCCGAGUCCUUCAGCGUGCUCAACUGGGAUCAAGUUAGCCGGCUGCAUGAGGUCCUGACUGAGGUCGUACCCAUCCAUGGACGUGGCAACUUUCCAACCUUGGAGAUAACCCUGAAGGACAUUGUCCAGACUGUCCGAAGCCGGCUGGAAGAGGCGGGCAUCAAAGUGCAGGACGUCCGGCUGAACGGCUCUGCAGCCGGCCAUGUUUUGGUCAAAGACAACGGCUUGGGUUGCAAAGAUCUGGAUCUGAUCUUUCACGUGGCUCUUCCCACAGAGGCAGAAUUCCAGCUGGUGAGAGAUGUGGUUCUGUGCUCCCUUCUGAACUUUCUGCCAGAGGGCGUGAAUAAGCUCAAAAUCAGCCCCGUGACUCUGAAGGAGGCGUAUGUGCAGAAGCUGGUGAAGGUCUGCACAGACACAGACCGCUGGAGCCUGAUUUCCCUCUCCAACAAGAACGGGAGGAACGUGGAGCUCAAGUUUGUCGACUCCAUCCGGCGUCAGUUUGAGUUCAGCGUGGACUCUUUCCAGAUCAUCCUAGAUUCUUUGCUCUUUUUCUAUGACUGCUCCAGUAACCCCGUCUCCGAGCAUUUCCACCCUACGGUGGUCGGGGAGAGCAUGUACGGGGAUUUUGAGGAAGCCUUUGACCAUCUUCAGAACAGGCUGAUCGCCACCAAGAACCCUGAAGAGAUCCGAGGUGGGGGUCUUCUUAAGUACAGCAACCUUCUUGUGCGGGACUUCAGGCCUGCGGACCAGGAGGAGAUCAAGACUCUGGAGCGCUACAUGUGCUCCAGGUUUUUCAUCGACUUCCCCGACAUCCUGGAGCAGCAGAGGAAGCUGGAGACCUACCUUCAGAACCACUUCGCCGACGAGGAGAGAAGCAAGUACGACUACCUCAUGAUUCUUCGCAGGGUCGUGAAUGAGAGCACCGUGUGCCUCAUGGGGCACGAGCGCAGGCAGACCCUGAACCUCAUCUCUCUCCUGGCCUUGCGUGUGCUGGCGGAACAAAACAUCAUCCCCAGUGCCACCAACGUCACCUGUUACUACCAGCCAGCUCCUUAUGUCAGUGAUGGCAACUUCAACAACUAUUACAUUGCCCACCCUCCAGUUACCUACAGUCAGCCUUAUCCUACAUGGCUGCCCUGUAACUAACCUUAAGACCUGAGGGUUUCCACAGUGGGAACCCAUUUAGGGCAGGGGCUCUCAGGUAGGAGAGCCUCUUUCUAGACGUAGGUGUUUGGCUUUUAAAGGGGACUCAGCUCUGACUCUGUUUUUCUUUGUGUACCCAUUGGAAUAGUCCACAGACUGUCGUGAGCCAACCCUAAAAGGACCCAUAGAACAGUGCCACUCGGGGAGAUGCAAAGGAAGCGUGACUUCUCACCAUCUUUUUAAGAUAGUCACUAACACUUCCCAGACAUUAAUUAGCACUUGGGAUUUGAGCUCGGCACAGUCUCUGAGAUUGGACAGCCAGCGUAUGAGAAACAAUCCAGGCGCUCUCCUUGGCUGAGUCUACGGUAGACUGCAGGCUCUCUCAUUCAGGAUUCUCAGCAGUCACGUGAAAGCUGAGCUGAUAGUCUCUUACUGUGUCGAUUUUAGUCAGCUCCCCAAACUGAUAAAACAUGAGGGUGCUCUUUGUGACUGAAUUUUCACUCACGGGACUAAGUUGUGUAUGUCUAGUCCCCAUCGGCAGAGCUGAGAAUUUCAUUCAUCAAUAAACCAAAGCCAAUAGCUGGAGACUUGAGAUCUGGUUGGAAGUGGUUUAUGGUAUAUGCUGUGCUUUAUCAAGGAAUUAUGAGAUAUUGUGGAGAAAAAAAUGACCUUUUUUCUUGAAAUGUAACUUGAAAACAAAAUAAAAUGUGGAACAUAAUGUUAAAGUAGAAUUGUGGUGGCGGAGGGGUGGUGAUUGUCGAUAGGAAACAUGAAUGUUUUGUUUUUGUUUUUGUUUUUCUUUUCUCUUUAAAGAAUUCUUAUUGAAUGACACGUGCCCCACCCCCUCCCCCAUUGGCUCCCUGGUGACUGACUCUCCUUUGCUCUUCUUAAGAGUAAGGAGUGUAGGGGCUGGGGAUUUAGCUCAGUGGUAGAGCGCUUGCCUAGGAAGCGCAAGGCCCUGGGUUCGGUCCCCAGCUCUGAAAAAAAAAAAAAAAAGAACCAAAAGAGUAAGGAGUGUAAAAAGAAAAAAAAAGAGUAAGGAGUGUAUUGUGCCUAGAGUCACUGUCACAACUGAUAGUGUCUUCCCACGUUUUAAUUGGAAGCUCAUCAUUCCCAGUAUGACAAAGAUUUUGCUGGAGUACAUUGACCGUUCUUCACCAAUCCCUUUAAAAGUAACCGUUGCAUUCCCUAGAUAGUUUCCACAGUAGGAGAGUCCAGGAGAAAAGAGUGGCCAGUGGAACCAUUCUAGAAUUUCACUUCCUCUCUCCAUGUUUCAGGGGAGUAGGGGUUUUGUGUCAAGUCUGGCCCUGUGUGUUCUAGCUACCAAGGCUCUCUGAUGUCCCCGGGUAAGAGACCGGAGAGUCAAGGAUGCUCUUCCUUAUUCUGUAGAUUUAAGCAUUAUAUUUAUGUUCUGCACUUUGGAAGGAAAACAGUGUUAAUUGCUGGCCCAAAUCAACAGUCCACAGGGAGGGAUCUAGACGACUAUGGCUUUACCUAGUGUGUUCAGAAGAGAGAUUUCCCCUUUUGAAAUUUUCUGUGGGAUAUUUUAGAAUGCAUCACUUUAGGGUAUCCAGGGGAAAGAUAUUCAGUGUUGCCAGCAAGCUUGAUUUCUGAAGUGAUUCCAUCAAAUCCAUGAUCUCAAUUGCUACUUUGUUCAGUGACCGUAAAAAUCCAAAGAUCCAAACUACUGCUUUGUAUAUGCUUUAAGCAAUGGAGUUUUCUUUAUGCAAAAAAGGAUGUAGUAAAAAUGAAGUGGCUGACCUUUUUCUAGUGAUGUGUUUUCAAGUUGCUUCUGAAAUGUGCUUUAUUAGUCCCGCUAAGAGUUGAUCCAAAUGUAUCUUCACUUGUAGCCAUGUUAAGUUAGGUCACCAGAAGACUUAGUAUAACAAGUUUCUAUUGCCCUUUGAAUCUUAGUUAGGUUUGAAUUGACUUUGGGUUUUGUGAGGGGGACCUGAGUUGUUUCAUGAUUAAAAGGAAGGUAAUGAAAAGGGAACCCAACUUUGAAAACUACCGUCAUCCAUGACCUUAAAAGGCUACAGUUGUAAUCAAAGGAGAACAUGUUUGCACAGAACUAGGCUUGUCCAAUCAAAGCUUUUGAAAUGUGUUGGAGCCUCCCUCAAUGUAAGCACUUGCUAAUAGAAGCAGAAACCAGGACUGCUUCAGUUGACAAGGCUUGGGGACAAGUAAGGGACUGGAAAAUUUCCGGCAUCUUCUUGGGAUUCUUUACGCUUUAUAUAUAUACAAUUUCCCAGUCUGGCCGUAUUGUCUUCUGAGGAUGGAGAGAGGAAAGAGAAGUUGUAAACCACCACUAGAUGCUGCCUUGAUAGGUUCCUUUUAGUCUGCCCAGCUGUUUUGUAGGUGAAGAAUUGAUGUGUGUCCUAGAACUGUUACAGUGAAAAGUUACAUUGACCAAAGCUCCAUUUUUAAGAUACAAGCCCUGGAUUGUGGCUAUCCGGACCAGAGUUGUCUCUAUUGCUCUGUGUGAGCCUCUGCCAGACCAGAAAGAAACAGGCCAGGUAACCUUGCACUUCAGAUGUUGGGACGUUUUAUCUGAAACCUGCCUUUUGUGCUCUUCAUGUAUGCAUCAGACACUCUUCUACCGAAUCCAGUAGUUUUGUGUGUGUGUGUGUGUGUGUGUGUGUGUGUGUGUGUGUGUGUGUGUGAGUGUGUGGGGUGGGUAAUGUGAAACCUGGCCUUGGCAGAGGGCACUGAAGGGCAAGUGCAGGCUGUAACCUAAAUGGAAGCAGUCUUUCAUUUGCUCUUUUUUUCCCCCAGAACUCUGACCUGCUUUCUGAGUUGGUUCUCUCAGUCAGGGGCAGCUGUGCUGAAAACCGUGUCUUUACCUUGAGCUCGCAGAUGCACACUCUUGGGUUUUAGCCUGGAGCUUCAUUCAGGCUCACCCUUCAGCCUUACUACUCCUUGGUGUCGGUCAUUGCGGUGAUGAGACCGACUCCUCAUGCCUCUAAGUCAAAUUCCUGGUGACUGCCUGUGGGUGAGGCAUGGCCUGCACCUGGGCCUGACAGAUGAGUGCAGUUGAGUAAAGAAGAUUCUUGAUUCUUGUCUGUUUUUUCUUUUUUGGCUUUCCAGUGUUUUCCCACUCCUGUUUGACUUAAUUUGGAACUCAUGUCAGAGUGAUCUGUGUGUGUGUGUGUGUGUGUGUGUGUGUGUGUGUGUGUGUGUGUAUGUGUGUAUGUGUGUGUGUGUGUGUGUGUGUGUGUGUGCUUGUCUGUACUUUGUGGUAAUGCAGUAAUAGUUGCCUUGCUAAAGCCCACAGUCUGCUCUCCUUCCAGCUGACCUCUGGUGCUAGCCCUGUUCUUCAUGGUGGGCUAGGAUUUUACCCAGUACAGCUUCAGUCUUGGGAAAAUGGCUCCACUCAAAACCAGCUUUGGGAGCACGUCCCUUCUAUCGAUCUUUCUUGUACUGGGACCCUGUUUCAGGACGCUGUUAGUCCUUAGCUCAAAAGCUUCCUGUAGAGGUUGGAUUAAAGUAUAGCUCUCUAAGCAUGAAGCAGGCAGCCCUGAUGCUCCCCCAACCCCUGGCAUUACUUUCUGAGUAUCUAACAGGGUUUCACAUUAGGGAAAACCCUCGGAGGUGAUUCUAUAAAUUGAAAGAUUUUUCUAAUUUUCAAAGUUGGAUUUACAUCACUAAUCUGAGACAGAAUUUCACAGCUAAUUAUGUAAUGCAGUCUAAUUUUGGAAUGCAGUCUAAUUUAACCAGUUGAAUCCAAAGGGUAGAGGAGAGAUGCUUAAAAAGUCCUGGCAACCUCUCAGGGUUAUUGGUGCAGCUCUCUGAGGGAAAAAAGUUGUUUUGUUUUCUUCUUCUUCUUUUUUUUUUUUUUUUUGCUUUUAUUGAUUUUGGUUUUUUGAAUUCAAGUGCCUCCUUGUUUACCUGUCACUUUAAAAAAAUACUUUUAAAGUAUAAGCUUCAAGAAUUUUUGAGUUCUAGAGUUUUGCCUGGCUGUUGAGAUUUGGUGCAAAUUCUCAUGUGUGUUUAUAUAGGAAGGUGAGUUGACCAUCCACUGAGGAGGGUAGAACUAAUUAACAUGAUCUGUGGUCUUUACAAAAGAGAAUCCAGCUACCUGGCCUGUGGGUGUGUGUAUUUGUGAAAACUUAAAUUUCCUGAAGCAUCUAUUUCCACAUUAAUAUGGAUGAAAAGUAAAAUUUCCUUUGGACUAAAUUGGAAGCUUUCUCUUCUGUAUCUGCAUAGGCUUGAACUAUUCCUUGGCAGUGCCUAGAGAUACGGGGUUCCUUCUUGGUACCGGUCACUCACCUCCUUAUGUGACACAGAUGAGAUUUCUUCUCAGUGCAUAUGUAUUAGAACUUGAUGGAAUAAAAGCUUUGAGUUUGAGAAAUAAAGGUAUAUUUAAAAGUGUAAAAA